UCUUCUUUUCCCCCUUUCCCACCUCCUCUUCUCUCUUCUCACCUCGCGCUCCUCCUCCCUUCCUCGUAGGUUACCGUUAGUGCGAGUGCAACGCAACCCCACCCCAGCUGCUAAACCCGUGUCCGAGCAGAACAGCUCAGGGUUGCCUACAACCUCGUCUCGUCCGCACACAGUUCUCGACUGGGGUUUUCUUUGAGAUCGGGAGAGCACAACUUCCUUGCCUUGCCCACGCCCCGGUUCUUGACUGCCUGCCUGCUGCGAAUCGAGGCGUAAAGAUGACGACGCUGUCGUCGGGCGUCCUCCUGAAGCUCCUGGACGGCAUGAAGAGCGGCGCCGCCAAGCCCGUGGGCGAGCACCGGACGGCGGUGCUGCAGGUGACGGACAUCGUGCCGGCGGAGCUGGACGAGAAGGACCUCUUCCCCAAGCACGGCAAGUUCUACGUCAAGGUCUCCGACGCCUCCCACUCCAUCUACGCCACGCUCCCGCUGGCGCAGGCCGACCUCGUGCUCUCCAACAAGCUCCACCUCGGCCAGUUCGUCCACGUCGACCGCCUCGACCCGGCGUCCCCCGUCCCCGUCAUCGUCGGCGCCAGGCCGCUCCCGGGCCGCCACCCGCUCGUCGUCGGCACGCCCGACCCGGCCGGGAGGGCCAAGCCCGCCGCGCCGCGCAGGGGGUCCUGGGGGCCCGAGCAGAACGCCGCCAUCAAGCCCACCACGCUCAACUUCGACGCCGUGAGGAUGACGCCGGUCAAGGAGCGGCCGGCCUUGUCGACUCCGGUCAAGGACCGCGCGGGCGCCACGACCACGCCUGCCAGGGACCGCGGCGCUGCGGUGACGCCUGGUCGGGAGCGGGCCGUCGCGGCGUCGCCGGCGCUGAGCACUGCGUCCGUGAGGAAGAGCAGCAGCGUGUUGCCCAGGCUGACCAGGAGCAAGAGCUUCGUCGCCGACAGGGACCAGCAGCAGCAUCCCAGGAUCCCCAAGAGUCCAUUCCCCCUUGAGAAGAGCUCGGUGAGCUGCACAGCCUCGAGGGCGAUGAGGAGAGUGGCCAAGGAGCAAGAGCCCUCCUCGCCUCCUUCUGAUGAUGAGCUCGGCAGCUCGGCCACAUCUACAAAGAAGCGACCUUCGACAGCUGCUCGCGUACCAAUGCCGGGGAAGCUCAGUCUACUCGGGAAGGACGCCAUCGAGCAGAGAGAGCAGGCGCAGAAGGUUGCCCUUGAGGCACUGCGCAACGCAUCAGCCACGGAGAACGUGGCUAGGAUCUACAAGAUGUUCUCAGAGCUGAGCAAGACAGCGAGGCCGGAAGCGCCGGUCACCUGUUUUGAAAGCUUCCUCAACUUCCACCAGGAGGCCGUGCAGGCCGUCACUGACAUCGAGGCGGUCCAGGCGGCCACCUCGAUGGCCGCUGCCGUGGCGAGUGACGAGCAGCAGCACGAGGACGCACCGCAGGUCCUGCAGGAGAUAGCCCAGAACAGGGCGGUGGUGCGUCGGAGAGGCAUUGGCUUUGGGGCCGUGUCGAAGUCGGUGUCGUUCGCGCCAGGCACGUUGGACCCGAAGCAGGAUGAUGGCGGUGGCAAGGCCAUCCGGAGCUCGAGUGCCAGCAGGAAGUGCCUUGCCAUGGACAAGAUCGGCGAAGACGGUGGCGACGAGAAGAGAUCAUCUUCUUCUGCUCCUACCUCUGCCACCACCACUCCACACUCUCCUCUGGGCUCCUCGCUGAAGCUAGCCAAGCAGAUACAAGCCGAAGCAGGGAGUUGGUUCAUGGACUUCCUGGAGGCCGCGCUGGAGACCGGGCUGAAGAAGAGCAAGGCGUCUGCCACGGGUGACGGGCGCAAGCAAAGCAGCUGCUGUUGCCCACAGUCGGUGAUGCUGCGGGUGAUCAACUGGGUGGAGAUGGAGCAGAGUGGCGGCGACAGCAGCGGCAGGAGGACUGCCCACCCAAGAGCUGCGGCCGUUGCGCGGAAGCUGAGAAUCAAGGCCAAGAACCCUUGCUGACCCUUGCUGAGGUGCCCACCCUCUCUGAUUCUUGUCAGAAAGUACCCAGAUAGAAUCUGUAGAAUAAGAAGGUGAUUGCCUCCAUUGUUCACGGCAUAUAGUAGAUUGUUUCAAGUGUUCUUGAAGUAGGAUGCUCUGUUCUCCCUGAUCACUAAUCUAAUCAGCAGCGGAACAAUGGAGGUGCUGUGUACCGUAGCUACGAUAUUCAGUGUUUGUUGAAUUCGCUGUUCAUUCUUAUUCUUUGCUUGUUUGGCUGUUACGCUUUGUAAUUCUGCUUAUGUUGCAGACAACUUCUGUGACAAUGAUUCGGUCGGCUUUGCCGCGCCUUUGUGAAA